AAAAAACAAUUGAACCUAAUAGGUGAAAUUAGCUCAUCUUCCACGGCACACCAGACUGUAUCUCACGGCACACUAGUGUGCCGCAGCACAAUGGUUGAAAAACACUGCUAUAAAUAAGAAGAAUUGCUGUUCAUCACGUGACCAAGUGGAGCAUCUUUUUUGGGGGGCGGGGGUCCAUUUUUGAGGAACGCGAGUGAGCGCCAGGUAGCCCGGGAAGAUGACCAAACUGCAGUUUUUAAACGUUUUCUUGACCGAGCGACUCAUGCUCGCUGCACAGGAGAUCUACAAGUCCGUGGAAGACACGGUCUUGGAGUACCAGGAGGAAAUCGCCAUCAGGGAGCGAGAGAACGACCAUCUGAAGCGCAGGCUGCGAGAUGCUGGCAUUGAAAUAUGGCCAGACCGUCCAUCAAUGGCGCUGCUCGCAGAGCAGGAUGGCGAGCAUCCUCGGCGUGAGUGGAGUCCCAGCAUGGGGCACGAAGAGCGCAUCCCGAUCCACAUCAAGGACAAGCGAGAUCUGCGGACCAACCAAGUGGACGAGCGGCUCCGCGGCCACGGUUCCUGCAGUGCGUCAGAAAACAUGUUCUCCCCCCAGCAUGUCGCUAACGAGUACACGCAGGACGGCCCUCACGCGUCCAACCACCCCCAGAGUCAAGGCGCGGAGAACAGGGGGCGGGAUCCGAACUCUCGCGGCCCCGCCAGACACGUGAAGGCGGAGACUGGAGGUAUUCACAGGGGCCCCACGUCCUCUAAUAUCCCCCAGCCCCUUGCGCCAGUCAACCCCAAUUGCUCAAAUGAGAACAUUGACAUAAUCGGGGUGGAGAAUGGGGGGCAGAUGGUGGGCGCGAAGGCCAACGGAUCCGUGGUAAACCGAGGACAGGCGUCUCACAUGCGCAACCAAGCAGACUGCCCCCAUCAGAAAUCCCCCCCGCAAGACCACAUAUCGUCCUUCUGCUGCAAGGUAUGCGGGGAAGCGUUUAGUCACGUGGGACACCUACACGUGCACGUGCAGGUGCACACGCGGGAGAAACCUUACCGCUGCGGCGUCUGUGGGAAGUGCUGCAGCUCCUCCGGCCGACUCCAGGAGCACCAGCGGAGCCACACGGGGGAAAAACCCUUCAGGUGCCAGAUCUGUGGGAAAGGCUUCACCCAGAUGGCGCACCUCAAAGUACACAUGAGGAUCCACACGGGGGAGAAGCCGUACAGCUGCCCGGUGUGCGGCAAGUGCUUCAGCCGCUCCGACAAAAUCAAAAGGCAUCUCCAGACGCACACGCGCGAGGGGUCCUACUUCUCGGGGCAGUGACGCUGCAGUGUGUCGGUGAAUCAUAUUCAUAAGGAAAACUUUCAAACAAAACAAAUGCCAUUUUAAACAAGCUUCUUUCUUCUCCCAAAACCUGGAAGUCUGAAAUUGUAACUGUUACAGUGGAGAGUACUGUUGGUUUGUGACUGUAGUGUCUGAUGGAGUGCACUACUUGGCUGCCCCCAGCAGAGGCACUGUUGAGUCCCUCUCAACCAGUUUGCUGUCCAAAGAAGAAGACAUUGUCAUAUAAUGUAUUCCAACGGUUCUUAACCUUUUUGACCUCGGGGCCCAACUUUUUCACUAUACCCACGCAAAUAUUAACACUGAAUUAGUAAUCUUACUCUGGUUUUUAUCAUAUUCAAUAAUUAUAUCUGACCUACUCACAAUUCUAAACACCUUAUGGCCUCAAUGCAUACUUUAGGGAAAACAUGCCUGCCAUAACCUUCAUAGUUUGUUUUAUUAAUAACUGCACAUCAUCAACAUUGAAAUUGCACCUUUAAAAUUCCGUGCAAUCCAUGCGGUUUAAAUUGUAUUCUUUUUUAGUACUUACACUCAUUGAACCAUUAAUGGAAGCAACGGAAUAUUAAACAAAACGUUUUUCUUUCAAAUGAAUGUAUAGCCCUAUUGUCAUAGCAAAGGUCUGCGUGGGAAAUGACAAAGAUGCCGUCUUCUCCAGAUCUCAGACUGGUUGAGACCAGAGCCGUGUAGAGGGCGAGUACGGGGUUGGUGUCCAACAUGGCGCACUGUAGUUACGUGAGGGGCUUUUGACCAAUCAUAGAAAGUAUAGGCAAACUAUACUUUCUAUGAUUAGCUGAUGGUUGCAUUCUUGACAUAGGUGCUCAUGACCUGGGCCUGCAGUUGUAAAUAUACCAAGUCAGUAUUUGACCAUUUAAUGUCUAGACCAGAGGUAGGGAACCUAUGGCUCUCAAGCCAGAUGUGGCUCUUUUGAUGAUUGCAUCUGGCUCUCAGAUAAAUCUUAGCUGACGUUGCUUAACACGAGAAGUAACGAAUAAUUCCGCUGGUUAUCACAGUGUUAAAAAAUAACGUUCAAAAUAUCAAACAUUCUCAUGCAUUUUAAUCCAUCCAUCCGUUCCUACCGCACCUGUUGAAGAAGUCGCAUUAAUGGUCAAAAGUAUUUUAUUUAUUAUUGGUUAGCUUCAGAAUAACAAUGUUAUUAAAAAGAAGAAGACAUUGACGCAUUUAGUUGUUGUAAUCCGGGAAAGUCCAAAUGAAAGAGGAGACGUAGAAUUCUCUUGUCAGAGCGCGGGACGACACUGUACAAGGGUACAGGUCUACGGGUUUCUCCUCAUUGAGCUAAAUUGAAUCCAGUCUCUGUUUAAUUCCUUUCUUCUUGUCUGGUUAAUAGAUGUCAUCAGUGUUUGAACCUGACAGUUGUAUUCAGUGUUAAAAAUAUUAUAUGGCUCUUACGGAAAUACAUUUUAAAACAUUUGGCCUUCAUGGCGCUCUCAGUCAAAAAGGUUCCCAACCACUGCUGUAGACCAUGUCAGUUUGCACUUUAAAGGCCUACUGAAAUGAGAAUUUCUUAUUUAAACGGGGAUAGCAGGACCAUUCUCUGUGUCAUACUUGAUCAUUUUGCGAUAUUGCCAUAUUUUUGCUGAAAGGAUUUAGUAGAGAACAUCCACGAUAAAGUUCGCAACUGUCGGUGGUAAGAGAAAAGCCCUGCCUCUACCGGAAGUUGCAGACGAUGACGUCGCAAGUGUGGGGGCUCCUCACAUAUUCACAUUGUUUUUAAUGGGAGCCUCCAACAAAAAGAGCAUUUCGGACCGAGAAAACGACAAUUUCCUCAUUAAUUUGAGCGAGGAUGAAAGAUUCGUGUUUGAGGAUAUUGAUAACGACGGACUAGAAAAAAAAAAAAAAAACUAAACGUGAUUGCAUUGGGACGGAUUCCGAUUUUUCUAACACAUUUACUAGGAUAAUUCUGGGAAAUCCCUUAUCUUUCUGUUGUGUUGCUAUUGUUUUAGUGAGUUUAAUAUUACCUGAUAGUCGGAGGGGUGUGUCCACGGGUGUGUUGACGCCAAUGUCUCAGGGAAGUUGACGGCAGCUUCAUGGACGGUCCAAACUUAGCUUUUCUCCGGAAAGAAGCGACUUUUUAACCACAAUUUUCUCACCGAAACCUGCUGGUUGACAAUUGGUCUGGAUUCAUGUUCGCUUGACCGCGCUCUGAUCCAUAGUAAAUUUUCUAGUAUAGACCGUAUGGUUACAAACCAUAACUAUUGUUAAUGUUAGUUUAUUAUUAUCAUUUUAUGUACAUUUAUUUUUCAUCAGUAGUAUAUUUAUAAUUAGUCGGACCCAAGUUUAAGAUUUAUGCGUUAAAUAAAUAAUCUUUGUGAUUAACACAUGCUUUAAAAUCAUUUGGCAAGGUUGUAAACUGUAAGCAGGGUAGGUAGAACUGUUUAAAACAAUUAAAAUCAACAGUGAAAAUAUUUGAGUGGGCCCCUUGUGUAGUGGGAAAAAUUGGGCCCCAAGGUCAAAAAGGUUGAGAACUCCCUUUUCUAAAUAACUGGUCAAAAGCCCCUUAUGUGACUUGAGAGCUUCCAAGAGGACACCAGCUCUUAAAACCCAGUAUUAUAAAUGGUUUCUAUACGCCACUCCGGUUGAGACUGAAACAACAGCACCUGCGCUGGUUGCAGCAAGUAACACACUCUAUUUUGCGACAAAACUCCAAUGAAAAAUCUUUUCUCCUCAAUUUGUCAAAUGAUCAGCAAACUCUGAUUUAUACUAAGACUGCUUUGUGUUACCACAGCCACACCGGUGUUACAACUUUGCAUCCAUUUAGAAGUCUUCCCACAGGAAAUUGGAUAACAAUUUUGGAUUGAUUGCAAGCUAAAUACUGCCGCUUUUUGUAAUCUGAUGAAUAAUGAAGAGUAUUAUUAUGACGAACCACUCCACUCUUGUGAAAUAAUGAGAUACUGUAACAUGCCUGGGCAAUUAUUUUGACUCUGGGGCCACAUUUAGAGAAAAAAAUGUGUCUGCGGGCCGGUAUAUCUAUUUUUAGGAACACUAAUACAAAACCUCACAAUAAUGUCUGAUUAAAUGCUGAAAGCAUUAGGACAGACCGCCUUAAAAAUGUUUACAUUUUUCUAUGAACGAUAAAACACUGAACAUUGACAAAAUAUGAAUGUCACGCCCGCUUUUGAUCGAUAUAUUUUACAAUCAAGUGAAACGCAACAAAAAUGCAACAAACAGUGAAAUAUGAACGCAAAGGGUACAAAAUAAACCCACCUACAAUCUGAUAUAUCUGAUAUUUGCUGAAUUCCCCCCCAGGGAUCAAUAAAGUACUUUCUAUUCUAUUAUAUUCUAUACAGUAUAUCACUAAGCUUUAGAACUUUGUUGUGAAAAUCUCCUUCCGCGUCUGUGGAAACGCUUCCCGCCCACUGCUUGCUGCCUCGGCUGAGCUGCUGUGACGUAUAUGGCUUAGUAACUAAUUAGAUGACCAUAGUAACUAAUUAGAUGACCAUAGUAACUAAUUAGAUGACCAUAGUAACUGGUAUAUCAUCCAUAAGCGCAGAUUCCAACCAUUGAAAUACUUUGUAUAGUUGAAGACUUACGGUCAUUAGAAAACAUCCCUGCACAUCACAAUGGCACCUACACUUUCCAUCUUAAAGAUAAAAAAAAAUUAUUUGGGAAUGUCCCCGGGGCCUUAAUUUGCCCAGGUCUGCUCUGUAAGAUACCACUUAUAGUUAUGUCUUGGUCAUACCUUUACCUGUCCUUUUUAUUAUGACAUGCACUCUAUCGUAGGACCACUAUUAGGGCCUUUAUGUUUACACCCCACACAUUUCGAUACAUGAUUGACACCUGUAUCUCAAAUUAGCUGAUGGUUGCAUUCUUGACAUAGGUGCUCAUGACCUGGGCCUGCAGUUGUAAAUAUACCAAGUCAGCAUUUGACCAUUUAAUGUCUAGACCAGAGGUAGGGAACCUAUGGCUCUCGAGCCAGAUGUGGCUCUUUUGAUGAUUGCAUCUGGCUCUCAGAUAAAUCUUAGCUGACGUUGCUUAACACGAUAAGUAACGAAUAAUUCCGCUGGUCAUCACAGUGUUAAAAAAUAACGUUCAAAAUAUCAAACAUUCUCAUGCAUUUUAAUCCAUCCAUCCGUUCCUACCGCACCUGUUGAAGAAGUCGCAUUAAUGGUCAAAAGUAUUUUAUUUAUUAUUGGUUAGCUUCAGAAUAACAAUGUUAUCAAAAAGAAGAAGAAAUUGACGCAUUUAGUUGUUGUAAUCCGGGAAAGUCCAAAUGAAAGAGGAGACGUAGAAUUCUCUUGUCAGAGCGCGGGACGACACUGUACAAGGGUACAGGUCUACGGGUUUCACCUCAUUGAGCUAAAUUGAAUCCAGUCUCUGUUUAAUUCCUUUCUUCUUGUCUGGUUAAUAGAUGUCAUCAGUGUUUGAACCUGACAGUUGUAUUCAGUGUUAAAAAUAUUAUAUGGCUCUUACGGAAAUACAUUUUAAAACAUUUGGCCUUCAUGGCGCUCUCAGCCAAAAAGGUUCCCAACCCCUGCUGUAGACCAUGUCAGUUUGCACUUUAAAGGCCUACUGAAAUGAGAAUUUCUUAUUUAAACGGGGAUAGCAGGACCAUUCUAUGUGUCAUACUUGAUCAUUUUGCGAUAUUGCCAUAUUUUUGCUGAAAGGAUUUAGUAGAGAACAUCCACGAUAAAGUUCGCAACUGUCGGUGGUAAGAGAAAAGCCCUGCCUCUACCGGAAGUUGCAGACGAUGACGUCGCAAGUGUGGGAGCUCCUCACAUAUUCACAUUGUUUUUAAUGGGAGCCUCCAACAAAAAGAGCUAUUCGGACCGAGAAAACGACAAUUUCCUCAUUAAUUUGAGCGAGGAUGAAAGAUUCGUGUUUGAGGAUAUUGAUAACGACGGACUAGAAAAAAAACAAAAAAACUAAACGUGAUUGCAUUGGGACGGAUUCCGAUUUUUCUAACACAUUUACUAGGAUAAUUCUGGGAAAUCCCUUAUCUUUCAGUUGUGUUGCUAUUGUUUUAGUGAGUUUAAUAUUACCUGAUAGUCGGAGGGGUGUGUCCACGGGUGUGUUGACGCCAAUGUCUCAGGGAAGUUGACGGCAGCUUCAUGGACGGUCCAAACUUAGCUUUUCUCCGGAAAGAAGCGACUUUUUAACCACAAUUUUCUCACCGAAACCUGCUGGUUGACAAUUGGUCUGGAUUCAUGUUCGCUUGACCGCGCUCUGAUCCAUAGUAAAUUUUCACCUCCGGGAAUUUUAAACAACGAAUCACAGUGUGUUUGUGUGGCUAAAGGCUAAAACUUCCCAAGUCCAUCUUUCUGCUCUGACUUCUCAAAUAUGAAUUUAACAAAUUGCAAAAGAUUCAUCAACACAGAUCUCUAAAAUACUGUGUAAUUAUGCCGUUAAAGCAGACGACUUUUAGCUGUGUGUGCGUAGCGCUCAUACUUCCUAAAAACGCGUGACGUCUUGCGUACACGUCAUCAUUACACAACGUUUCCAAGACGAAAGUCCCGGGAAAUUUAAAAUUGUAAUUUAGUAAGCUAAAAAAGCCGUAUUUGCAUGUUAAUAUUUCAUCAUUGAUAUAUAAACUAUCAGACAGUGUGGUGGGUAGUAGUGGGUUUCAGUAGGCCUUUAAAAUACAAACAAAACACGUGAAUCAUGUCUUGAGAGUGUUUCAGCCCAGAUAUUCAUUUUGAUGACUUUAGUUGGAAACCACACACUUGGUAAUUGGACUACUGUCCGAUAAAAUAAGAGUAACCCUAUUGUCGUACAACAUUCACAAACAUGUACUUCUUUGUAAAUAUGGUUGGGUCAUGCAAGCAGUGUGUUGCACAAUAAAACACGGAAACAGUAUAUUUCGCAACACAAUGUUUUCAGGACAUUAUUUCGUAGUAAUCAAUAUGAGAGCAUUUUGUGUCACAAUGAUGAUUGCAAAAUGUUCCACGUCCUUAGUCUGACUUCUUCACUGCACUUUUGUUUCUUGGUUGUGCACAAGUGUGUGAUCAUUGCAUAUUAAAUGUAAUGUUUUUAAUGAAGUAGUUAGUGAGUAGUUAUGACGUUACAAAAUGUAGCGAUGGUAGUUAACUGCAUGUGCAUUGUUGCACCUUGAGACGUGACAACAUCUAAGUCAUGUUUCCAAAUUUAUGAAUUGGUAUCUGCAAUGACAAGCUUUCACCAUCAGGUGGAGUACUUUUCAUUUCAAUGAGGGAGCUCAGUCAAACUGAUCAUUUGUAUUACUUUGUUUGCCCUUUGACUUGAAACAUUACAUAUUCAUGAAUUUAUAAGUGAAAGCUGUUCAAAAUAAUUAUAGUUGAUCAUUUUAUUGUCGCCCUUAAUCCGGUCAACCUUUUUGACCAUGGACCCAAGUUUUUUUUACUACAAAGGGCAAUUAAUUUUACCUUUGCUUUUAAUGGUCUUCAAAAAUGAUAUCUAACCUACUUAAUGUUUACAACAUUUUCAAAUUAAAUGAGUUAAUCACAAAGAUUAGUAUUUGUUUAACACAAAGGUCAGGCUUAUCAGAAAAAAUAAGUACUGACCAAAUAAACGGCAAGGGACUCAUGAAUAACUGGCAAAAUAAUGAGUAUGUUUCCCAACUAAACUGUCAAUAAAAUUUAAGUUCAAAUAAAAAUGCAAGCUUCA